AAAGUCAGGGAAGCGGAAAAGGAGCCAUGUGGCUAAAACUAUCUUAGUAGUUGACGAAUCGAGUGAACCACUGAAAAGGAAGAAAUUGUGAUCAGCAAAAGUAAAGCGUACACCUACGGCCGAAUCGAGCGAAUCGAGCGAGUGCGCAGCUUUACGGCCCGUUAAAGAGAAGGGACCCCCCUACCAACAAGUGCCAGCAGAAGCUUGGCAAAUGAACGACGCACAAAAUGAAGUACUCAGCUUUUAGGAGCUCCAUGAGGUUUGCUGCCAAAUUCUGCGGCAACAACAACUACAAGCUCUACAUGAACAGCGUGCCUCAGUUUUCGACCUUCGCCUAUGGGAAGCACCUAAAAACGAACCCCCUCACGAACAGACUUGACGACCUGCUAAAGCGCAACUCCACGUUGAUCAGUACAAUAAGCAUUAACGGACUGGAUGACCUAAUCACGCAGUCGUCGAAAAUCGAAUCGAUUUCAAUGGCAGAUUGGCUUCUCAACCUAGUGGAAGAAUAUCAAUCCCAAGAUAGAUGUAUACAUUUUAUGAACACUAAUUCUAUCACGUGUAAAUAUGACCACAAUAAGGCCACUUUUUACAAGAAAUUUGGUUGUGACCGCGCCAUAGCACAUAUACAUCACUGUGUCCGCCGCGCGCCGUCUGCGCAGUCGUUCGGGCAGUUUGCAGCCUGCACACCUUUCGCACCACUUUCGCAACAUUUUCGCACCACUUUCGCAUCCAUUUCGUAACAAUUUGCCUCUACACUUUGCACACACACACCCCGUGCGAGUGCCAUUUUAACCCCUUCUGUUUUUUUU